AUGAGAUCCCCCAAAAUAAUGGGAUUAGGGCAUUGCAUGGUUUAUGUUGUGGUCUUUAGUGCCAUCGUAGCUGCAGCUUACCCUUACGAAUCUCCCCCAACAACACAGAAAUAUUCCCCAAAUUCCCCCUAUUACUCGGCAUCACCAUCUCCUCCACCACAAUAUAGAAGACAAGGCCCUAAAUAUACACCACAUACAAAACCAUAUACCUACAAUUCCCCGCCACCUCCGUCUUACUACUCCCCAUCCCCGAAAGUUGAUUACAAGUCUCCACCACCACUAUACGUCUACAGCUCCCCACCACCUCCACCAUACUACUCUCCUUCUCCAAAACUUGAAUACAAAUCUCCACCACCGCCAUACGUAUACAGCUCUCCACCACCGCCACCAUACUACUCUCCUUCUCCGAAGGUAGAAUACAAGUCUCCACCACCACCAUACGUUUACAGCUCUCCACCACCUCCACCAUACUACUCCCCAUCCCCGAAAGUUGAUUACAAGUCUCCACCACCACCAUACGUCUACAGCUCCCCACCACCUCCAACAUACUACUCUCCUUCUCCGAAGAUAGAGUACAAAUCUCCACCACCACCAUAUGUUUACAGCUCUCCACCACCUCCACCAUACUACUCUCUUUCCCCAAAAGUUGACUACAAGUCUCCUCCACCACCAUACGUUUACAGCUCUCCACCACCUCCAGCAUACUACUCUCCUUCCCCGAAGAUAGACUACAAGUCUCCACCACCACCAUACGUAUACAACUCACCACCACCGCCACCAUACUACUCUCCUACCCCGAAGGUAGAUUACAAGUCUCCACCAGCACCAUACGUUUACAGUUCUCCACCACCUCCACCAUACUACUCACCUUCUCCGAAGGUAGAGUACAAAUCUCCACCACCACCAUAUGUCUAUAGCUCUCCACCACCUCCACCAUACUACUCUCCUUCCCCAAAAGUUGACUACAAGUCUCCACCACCACCAUAUGUAUAUAGCUCUCCACCACCGCCACCAUACUACUCUCCUUCCCCGAAGGUAGAAUACAAGUCUCCACCACCACCAUACGUCUACAGCUCCCCACCACCUCCACCAUACUACUCUCCUUCCCCAAAAGUUGACUACAAGUCUCCACCACCACCAUAUGUCUACAGCUCUCCACCACCUCCACCAUACUACUCUCCCUCUCCGAAGGUAGAGUACAAGUCUCCACCACCCCCAUACGUCUACAGCUCCCCACCACCUCCACCAUACUACUCUCCUUCCCCAAAAGUUGACUACAAAUCUCCACCACCGCUAUACGUAUACAGCUCCCCACCACCUCCACCAUACUACUCUCCUUCCCCAAAAGUUGACUACAAAUCUCCACCACCGCCAUACGUAUACAACUCCCCACCACCUCCGCCAUACUACUCUUCUUCCCCGAAGGUAGAGUACAAGUCUCCACCACCUCCAUACGUCUACAACUCUCCACCACCUCCACCAUACUACUCUCCUUUUCCAAAGGUAGAUUACAAGUCUCCACCACCUCCAUAUGUCUACAGCUCCCCAUCACUUCCACCAUACUACUCUCCAUCCCCAAAAGUUGACUACAAGUCUCCACCACCGCCAUACGUCUACAAUUCCCCACCACCUCCACCAUACUACUCUCCUUCCCCGAAAGUAAACUACAAGUCUCCACCACCACCAUACGUCUACAGCUCCCCACCACCUCCACCAUAUUACUCUCCUUUCCCGAAGGUAAACUACAAGUCUCCACCACCACCAUACGUCUACAGCUCACCACCACCUCCACCAUACUACUCUCCUUCCCCGAAGCCCGAAUACAAGUCUCCACCACCGCCAUAUGUAUACAGCUCCCCACCACCUCCACCAUACUAUUCUCCUUCGCCGAAAGUUGAUUACAAGUCCCCACCACCACUAUACGUCUACAACUCCCCACCACCUCCACCAUAUUACUCUCCUUCCCCCAAAAUAAACUACAAGUCUCCACCACCACCAUACGUCUACAAAACGCCCUACUACUAA